AUGGACAAGAAGCUAGUCUUCUACGACAUUGCCAUGCGCCCCCCAGCCGAAAAGAGCAAUAGCGCCGUAAACCCUUGGAAAACCCGUCUAGCCCUUAAUUUCAAAUCACUCCCAUACUCAACCAAUUGGGUCCAACUCCCCGAUAUAUCCAACGUCCGCAAAAGCCUCAGCGUCCCAGCGUGCCGCAAAUUCGCCGACGGCACAGAUUUUCACACUCUCCCUAUCCUAGUGGAUCCCACAACAUCCCGCAAACUCGGCGACUCCUUUGAUAUAGCCGUCUACCUGCAAAAGCAAUACCCAGCCGGGAACGAUCUUUUCCCGCCCCAAUCCCUGGACUACGUCUUCAGCUCGGACGCUGCAAUUUUAAUUCCGUUGUCUAAGUGCGAUGAUGGUGGAUACCCCCAAUAUGCGCGCUUCAAUGUGAAUGUCGAUGCUGCUUUCACCACGCACGUCGGCCUCAUGGUCCAAGGGCUACCGUUUGAUCCUGCGACUGCCGAGGAGGCGAAGGCUGAGUUUGUUCGGCGGGCUGGGGUGAGCUGUUGGGAGGAUUUUGCUAUUACAGGUGAACAGCGUGAGAAACUUAGUGGGUCCUUCCGGGAUAUGUUGGGUGGGCUUGCGAAGCUUUUUGGCGGGAAUGGGCCGUUCUUACUUGGGGAACGAGCUAAUUACGCGGAUCUUAUUGUUGGGGCUUGGCUGAGGAUGGCGAGCAAGACUUUGCCUGCUGACGAGUGGAAGUUGGUUAGAGAGUGGCAUGGGGGUGUCUUUGGAAGGCUGCAUGAUGCGUUGGAGAUUUAUGCAGCUGUUCAAUAG